AUGUCUGGUAAAAAGUCUGAAGUUCUGAGCUACUAUAAGGUACUCACAAUUUUCAGGUAUAUUCCAGCAAAUAAUAUAAGUGUAUCUCCUUUGAAAUUGUUCGAUGGCAGAUCUGCACACGUUUUUGAUUUCAACGAUCUCAGUGAUAUUCACGUGAUGAUAACAUUCCAAAGAGGCAUGUGUCUGGACACAUAUUAUCCGCAAUUAGUGAUUAUUACCUUUCUUGACCAUUGGUAUCCACCCGACAUGCUAGAAGCUACACAACUUUUGGAUAAUUCGAUUGUCCUGGAUGGAGCUGGUAAGUUCUGA